UGCUGCUCAGUGAUGGGAAGGCAGGGGUGCUCUGCUGUCCUCUGCUGUUGGCUGGUGCUCAGAGAAGCGCUCGUGCUGCAGUUCCUACAAGACCCAAUCAAACGGAACGCUAAGCACGGCACAAACAGGACGAUGGGGGAGCGCAGCGCGAGCAAAUUGCGGAUUAUUGGGUCGGUAUUUGUCAACUUAUAUUAAAAACAGGUGAAACGAAAGAGAGGGAUGAUGAAGACGAUACGCCAGGGAUCGAGCGCGAGACCGUUGAUCGCUCUCCUCAGAUGCUGAUGAUGGUCGCGCGACCUGCGUGAUUUCCUCCCGCUGGAGCUUCCUGGUUCCUUUGCAUCACCUUAUCUGAGUCCCAGCCAACCCGGCAGAAUGAUUGAAGAGGGGAGUAAAAGCAGCAAGUCCAUGGUGGAGAAGAGACAGCUCUUCAUGGAGAUGAGGGCACAAAACUUUGAUGUUAUUCGCCUCUCAACGUAUAGGACGGCAUGUAAGCUACGAUUUGUUCAGAAACGAUGCAACCUUCAUCUAGUGGACGUGUGGAACAUGAUCGAAGCUUUCCGUGACAAUGGGUUGAGCACGUUAGACCACAACGCGGAGAUUAAUGUGUCACGUCUGGAGACCAUUUUGUCUUCCAUCUUCUACCAGCUCAACAAGCGGCUGCCCACCACCCACCAGAUAAACGUGGACCAGUCUAUCGGCUUGCUGCUAAACUUCAUCGUGGCCACUUAUGACAGUGAAGGCCAUGGGAAGCUCACAGUGUUUGCUAUGAAGGCAAUGCUAGCUACGAUGUGUGGCGGUAAAAUACUGGACAAAUUACGUUACAUAUUUUCCCAGAUAUCAGACUCAAAUGGGGUGAUGGUCUUUGCCAAAUUUGACCAGUUCCUGAGGGAAGUGUUGAAGCUCCCCACGGCGGUGUUCGAGGGGCCGUCCUUUGGCUACACCGAGCACUAUACGAGAACAUGCUUUCCUCAGCAGAAGAAGAUCUUGCUGAAUACGUUUUUGGAUGUGUUGAUGGCUGAUCCACCCCCGCAGUGCCUCGUAUGGCUACCUCUCAUGCACCGACUCGCUAAUGUAGAGAAUGUCUUCCAUCCAGUGGAAUGUUCUUAUUGCCGGAGCGAGAGCAUGAUGGGUUUCCGCUACCGCUGCCAGCAGUGCCAUGGCUACCAGCUUUGUCAGAGCUGCUUCUGGCGUGGUCAUGCCAGCGGCCCCCACAGCAACCAGCACCAGAUGAAGGAGCACUCCUCGUGGAAGUCUCCAGCAAAGAAGCUCAGCCAUGCCAUCAGUAAAUCUCUGGGCUGCAUGCCGAUGGGAGAGCCGCCUCACCCUGUGUUCCCAGAGGCAGCGGAAAGACCUCAGGACCUCGCACACACCACUCAGCUGAGGCCAGUGGCCAACGACAUGAACGAUACCAUUCUCAUUUCCUCCGGGGCGCCCACACCUUCAAAAAGCACCCUUGAGAGUCCCAGCAGACUGGAUGAAGAGCAUCGUCUGAUCGCGCGAUACGCUGCUCGUCUGGCAGCAGAGGCCAGCAACUCCACCCAAUGCCCUCCAUCUGAUCUGAGUUUCAACUUUGAUGCUAAUAAGCAACAGAGACAGCUCAUCGCAGAACUAGAGAAUAAAAACAGGGAGAUACUGCAGGAAAUCCAGCGUCUGCGUCUGGAACAUGAACAGGCUUCUCAACCCACUCCAGAGAAAGCCCAGCAGAACCCCACUCUACUGGCAGAGCUACGACUGCUGCGGCACAGAAAAGACGAGUUGGAGAGGCGCAUGUCGGCCCUUCAGGAGAGCAGGAGAGAACUGAUGGUCCAGCUGGAAGGUCUCAUGAGGCUGCUGAAGGAUGAAGAGCAGAAACAGGCCACUCAGACGGGGAGUUCGCCCCACUCAUCUCCCAGCCACAGUGCCAGCUGCACCAUGCCUAUGCCCAUCCGCUCCACCUCAGCCGGCUCGACCCCCACACACACGCCCCAGGACUGCCUGGCAGGGGUCGGAGAUGACGUGCUGGAUGCCUUCUCUCAGGGUGUACCAAGAAAUCUCCGUAAUGAUCUUUUAGUGGCUGCAGACUCCAUCACAAACACUAUGUCAUCUCUAGUGAAGGAACUUCACUCAGUGGAUGACGGUUUGGAGGAAGAAGAGUGUAACAUGCGAAAUGGAAGAGAGAAGGCUGAGUCAGAGUAAAAGAAUAUAGAAUAUUUCAUUGUCAUCGCUGAAGCAUUCUGGGAAAAGGCACUCCACCCCUUCAUUCUAAGCCCCAGGAAACAACCAGCGGCAUUAAAAGCUCUCUGGCAUUCGCACAUAGACAAAUGCAUGCUCUUCCCCAGCUGGGUUUCACUAUGUGAAUCACACCUUGCACAGAGCAAGUUGUAUUUAUUAGAAAGUAUAUAAAUAUAAAUAUAUAUAUAUAUAUAUAUAUAUAUAAAUCUAGCUCUAUGUCUAUCUGUAUAAAUCCAUUGUUAUCAAAUUACCCAUGAGAAUGGCUUGCUUGUGCUUUCUUAAAAAACCUUUACGACUUUGUGAUUACUACUCUCUGAAACGAACGCACUGUGCAUCUUCAUGACGUCACUCAAAUGGAUCUAUGCUGUAGCUAUUUUUCCAGAUGUUCCCCACACAGGAAGCUUUUUUGUAAAACUGGUGAUGAUUUUUUUGUGUUUUAAUGCAUGGAGUGGCUCUACUGGAUAGAUGGAGAUGGCUUGUAUUUGCUCUGCAUGUGACAUUUAUUCUGACCGACUCGAGUGAUGCCUGCUCCGUCGCUCCUUGUAGUCUUCUGAACAUCAAUCUGCUGCUUCUGCAUCACACGCAUCCGAACCACCAUAUAUCAGGGACGUCUCGUAGAGCUUGCAGUUUGUCUGGGAUUUCCGCUACUGUGUUAAGUUUAGCCUGUCGUUGUGGCCGUUGUUUUAGCGCUUCGGUUAUGCCUCUUAGUUUGGAAUAUCGCACAUGUAUCUCUCUGUAUUUUUGGAGCGCAUAAACGGACAUUAAUGGAAUACGGAUGUAUGUUCCGUAUAUCCAUAAACCAGCUUAACCAGCCAUCUUUGAGUGCACACGUCUCUGUAAACGUUACUUCAAAAGCUUUAUUGAGUUCAGUUAUUGUGUGUACUCAUGUAAAAUAAAUGAAACCAGUGCUCAGGGACUGUUGAGAGAGGAACGCAGUAGCAACGCUUGUGAACAAAUGGCUGGAAUUUACUUUGACACCACAAAGGUCAAAUGUCAAAGAUUAGCACAGGUCAUAAAAUCUUUAUGGAGUGUGGAAAGCAAAAUCGUUGUAUGGAAACCCGUCUCAGCCACAUGAGAAAAAAAUGCUUUGUUAAUUCGUAAUUAUGACAUAAAAAUUUUAAAUGAUGACAUACUAAGUCAUAAUUAUAAGAUAAAAAGUCAAAACUAUGCAAUAAAUAGUCAAA